UGUCUGUGGCGCUGUUGACAUUUGUCAUUUUGCAUACUAUGCUUAAAAAAAGCUGAAAUUUCAGAAGUUUGUUUUUGUAGUUAUUUGUGCAUUCAAUUAAUAUUAUUGUGUUACAAAGAUGAAUUCCUUUACUAAAAGUACAAUUUGUUUAUUGGUAAUUUUUUCACUGGUCCCAUACGUGUUUAGCAUCAAAUGCUGGAACUGCCGCUCCAACAACGACCCUAAAUGUGCGGAUCCUUUCGACAACAGCACAGUUCCCAUAACGGACUGCAAGCAGGAGCGCGGCUUGCCCCACCUGCCGGGGAUCCGGCCCAGCAUGUGCCGGAAGAUACGACAAAAAGUGAAUGGUGAAUGGAGAUACUUCCGGGACUGUGCCUACCUCGGUGAGGUCGGCAUCCAGGGGGACGAGCGGUUCUGUCUCAUGAGGACAGGUACCUAUAAUAUCUUCAUUGAGUACUGCACUUGCAACAGCAAGGACGGGUGCAAUGCGUCAUACCUCUUCACUCCAAUGCCUGUCCUGUUACUAGCAUUAGUUGUUCUACCUUAUUGGUUAACUAAGAUUGUUUCAUAGACUGUUUACUGUACCUCUAACAACACACAUAAGUCAACUUUGUAGAGAUAUUCCAAAAGUUUAUGAGAAAUUACUUAGAAACAUUAAUUUGAUAUAAUGAAAUGAAAUUAUCUCCAAAGCAGCUACUUUGGAAAUUAGGCUUUAUCAUAUCUUAUGAUAAUACUAACUCAUUCGUGCCUUAGGUACCUACUUGUGUGUAUAGAGGAUAUAGUUUAAUAGUGUGGAUGCACAAAUUUGAAAACCUGACAAAUGAAUCUCUUUUAAAUAACUUAGACGUAAGUUGAUCCUCCACAAUAAUAAAAUAUAUUUUAUCUUAUGUAUUCUACAACAAUAUUAUAAAUGAUAGUAAGCAUUAAAAUUUAAUUUGAACUUGCCUUAUCCUUACCUUAGAGAUAAAUGUUCAAAUAGCUUUGUUUUUUUGACGGUGUACAUUUUCCAACUUGGAAUGAACAAUUAUUUAAUACAAACUUGAGUUAAUUUAGCCUAUACAUAGUAACACAAGGUAAAGAAUGCCUUGGUGGCCAAGUUUAAUUAUAUUAUGUAUAUUACUUCUCUUAGUUUCGUAAGUAAAAUGUGCCUUAAGACUGAGUUUGUAAUCCGUCCAAUAAAUAAUUAUUAUACAAGAUAAC